GGAACCGAGCCAGUGAUGUAGUGGGCGGGCCCUAAUCGGCUUCUCUCUGAUUGGCCCACCAUUCAGUGCUUUUCUUCCUCGUCCACGAGCCGACCGAGAGCUGUCGGCUUUUAUGCUGAAGCUGCUGUUCGUGCCUUAUCGUCGCUGCACUCGCCGCAUGAUGACAACGCUGUCGCAGACAAAGGAGCUCUUCAGGAGAGCUGAAGCUGUCUGCUUUGAUGUGGACAGCACAGUAAUCAAGGAAGAAGGCAUUGAUGAACUCGCCAAAUUCUGUGGUGUGGGGGAUGCAGUCACUGAAAUGACACGCAAAGCCAUGGGCGGCUCAAUGACCUUCAAAAAGGCCCUGACUGAGCGUCUUUCCAUCAUCCGAUGUUCCAGAGAACAAGUCAACAAGCUGAUAACAGACCACCCACCUCAGCUUACUCCAGGUGUCAGGGAGCUCGUGGACCGUCUGCAUGAGCUCAACAUAAAGGUGUUCCUCAUUUCAGGUGGCUUCCGCUGCAUUGUUGAACACGUGGCCACUCAGCUAAACAUCCCUUUGAAUCACGUUUACGCCAACCGGCUCAAAUUCUACUUCAACGGAGAGUACGCUGGUUUUGAUGAGAGUCAGCCCACAGCUGAGAGCGGAGGAAAGGGGAAGGUCAUCAGCAUGCUGAAGGAACAGUACGGCUAUGAGACUGUGGUGAUGAUCGGAGAUGGUGCCACUGAUCUUGAGGCCUGCCCUCCAGCUAGCGCUUUCAUUGGAUUUGGCGGGAAUGUCGUCAGGCCGCAGGUCAAGGAGAGGUCUUCGUGGUAUGUGACGAGUUUUGGGGAGCUACUGAAAGAACUGGAGAAGAUUUAAUGGUGCUCAAAGAUUAGUUUAUGAUUUUUAACAUGUUAUACUUGCACCUAAGGGUGUGCCACUGGUAGAUUUUACCAAGUGGACGUUUUUCCUUAGACCUCAAUAGAUUUUUAUAUUAAAUCAAAUGUUUAUACUAGUGGGAGCAAUCGUAACUUUAAUAGCUAUGUUGCCCUUUUUUAUACUACAAGGUACUAAAACACUACAUGGAAGACAAUCUUAAAAAGAUUAUUUUAGUGUUUUUGCAGUUUACAUGAAAGCUUUUAGGUGGACUAGAACGACUCCUUUGUAUUAUGGCACGUGCAAUGAGAAGUAAAAGUAUUUUUAAUCGGGUUUCUGUUCUGUAAGAGCUGUAAGCAGACCUGUCAGUGACAGUGUAGUGACUCAAGUCAGAAAAACACAGCAUUAAAAGAUGAGUGUCCA